CGUAGUUCGACGGCGAAGAUAGCAAGCAAAGCUACUUUCACACUUUCACACAACGAGAGCUCUUGCAUCCGCGGACCCGCCCGUCCACCAUCGUCCAGGCGUUGAUCUCCCUGUUGCUCGGGUUGCGGUUCGCCUGCGAAUAUGGAGAGCUUGAAGCUCUCACCAUCGUCGUCAAUACUGCCGCCGUCACCAUCAAAUGGCCGCGUAUCAAAGUCGCCUCCUAUCGAUGUGUCACUAUCACCGACGUCAUCAUCCUCCGCGCCAUCUAACCUGACGGCCGAGUCAACGUGGGUUGGAUCAGCUUCGUUCAUCGUCUGCGUUCCGACGUCGCUCAAUCACUAUUGUUGUUGGCGUCAGGCGAGACUGCUCAAAUCCGAGCCCCCCGCCAUCACCAGCCUUGUCUCGUCCGCAAGGUCACCAUCAGAGAUCUGCUUUUGCAUCUUGUCGCCCGCCGUUCCGCCGCUAUUGAUUGCUUCUCCUGAGAAGAGAUGGUGCAGUUGAUGAGAUGGGCGCAUCAGGGAGAAUUUGCGAAACCAAGGGUUUCUUUCUCCAUUUGGGCCAUCUUCAACAAAAUGGGCCGCCAAAUUCAAGUGUGGUCGUGAGGCCAAAUUGGCCUUUAUGGGCUUUAGCAUAUGUUUUUGGUAACAGUUUAUCAAAGAACUCUUCAAUUAGUUUUUUGGGUAAGCUAUCUCAUUUUGCAGGCUUUACCCCUCAACAAUAGUCAAGUAUCGAUUGAGGCAUUCACGAUUCAUAAAAUGGUCGUCCCUUGGUGUUCAAAAGGUAGUAUGAUCAAAGAAGUAAUCGUCCCUUCAUCGUCCAGUUGGCAUUCAGGAUCAAAGAAAUGGUCGUCCCCUCUUCCGGUUCAUUAUUGGGCACAUAUCAACCAUUCAUCGCUUUUCAAGACGGGCAUUCACUAUGUUCAUGCUCCAGCUUGAGGGGGAGAAUAGGAGGUCAACAUACAUCGGUCGACUAGCUCAGUCAACAAGUCGACCGCGAUGUACCAAUUGUGUUCAAGUUCAAGAGACGAAGUCAAUCAUCUCCAUCAUCAGGUUGUUCAGAGAGAGUCAGUCGUCUCCAAUCAACCUCGUCCGAGAUGUUAUCAUCUCGAGUUUAGUGGUUCAAGCCAUCAUACUUGUUCUUCACAUUUACUUCUUCAAGCUCGACAUUCUUGUCAUUCAUGUCUUCGCUUGAGGGGGAGUGUUGCGGUUACUUAAACCGUGUUAGUAUUGGGCCUUGUUGGGCCUCGUCUGAUUCGUUGGAUUAGGGUUUUAACCCUAAGUUUAUCUAUAUAAGCUUAGCUAUCGACUUGUGUAAUAGUAAGCCGUCAAGAUGUAAUCCUAAUAAGAGAUCAGCCGUGAGCACUUAUGAGCUCACCGUGGAUUAGUCUCGAUCAAUCAAUCGAUCGAGGAUACCACGUAAAACCUCUUGUCUCGUGUUUUUGUUAUUUUAUUCGUUUCCAUUCCGCAUCAUCAAAUUCUACAGAGGGAGAAGAGAUGAAGGAGACAGUGUAGGAGUAUGUGUGACCGACUCACAAUCCUAGGAUAUAUCUUCUCAUUGAUUAUACUUUUAAAAUGAAGGGAUUGAAGUCAUUGUGUAAUGGAUCUUGAUCUUCACCAAACCACAAAGUAAUCAAGUUUGCACUCACAAUGAUCAUGCUCUGACUACUGACUUGCAGGAAACUACACCACAAAUUAAUCCCUACUAGAGCCCAAAUUUUUAAACUCUAACCGGGUGCAGUAUAGAGCAAGUAUUUAAAUUGUCAACCCGGGCCAAUCCAUGUACCCCUACUUCAAUCCCUUAAGUUUUUAUCUAGCAAAACGGUUUUAGAUUUUUAAAUUAAGAAAACUACAAAUGAAACAAGCAAAGAAAAGUAAAUAAAGGAAAAUUCUAACUAAGGGAGCUUCACCCAGGAGUUGCUUCCCCCUAACUAACUACCGUGACUCGCUGGAUUGAAACGAUUGCUUUGAGCAAGGUAACCGCGAACCACAGAGGGAUGCAAAUAUGGCCGUAGACCACAAUCUCAAUUGCUAAACCAAGGUAAACAUUAUAGGCCGUGUCACUCGGCCCUCUCGGUUUAGGCAAUCGGUGGUUGACUUACUCCCUCGCUCAACUCAAGGGUUGGAUGGCUUAAUCAUGCUUAACCAAUUUGCUUAAUUCAACAUUGAGGUUUUCCCUAAAUUAACCUAGUUAGGUGGCUUAAAAAGCUAAAGGAAAAUCAACUUGAUUGAGUCUCCCUUGGAAGGGGGAUUUUCCUCUCUAAGCUAGGUUAAAGUGGCUAAUUAGAUUACAAAGCAUCUACAUGCACAAACCUAAGGAUGCUAAGCACAAUUAUGCACAAUCCUUAGGUUGUUAAGCACCAACAUGCACAAACCUAAGGAUGCUAAGCACAAAACAUGCACAACCCUUAGAUUGCUAAGCACAAGCAUGCACAAUUAACAUGAAUAAUAUCUCAAUCAUUGAAUUAAACAAUACCCAAUGACAAUCAUUCAAUCUAAACAAGUAAUUACAAAGUAUUAGUUAGGGAUCUACAACACCCAAGAGAAUAGAGUGAGUUUCUAGAGAGAGAGAGGGGGGGUAUUACAAAUUUGAGCUCAAGAUCUUCUUCUUCUUAUAGGCUUGAAUCUCCACCCAAGACUCCAAUGAUGCUCCAAGAUCACUCUAGCACUCUCUCUCUCUCUCUCCCUAGAACUACCCUUUGGUGUUUUAGGUUGAAACCCUAGAGAAAGAAAGUGAUCAUUCUUCAAAAACCAGCUCUCCCUUUCUUUCUCUCCUCUGUUGUCUUCAUAUUUGCCCGAAAGUGAUCAAUUCACGGACGCGUUGGCCAGUUCACGACCGUGAACACCUAAACCGUACAUGAACUCAGUCGUCUCCAAAACGCAGCGCUUUGCUUCCUAGGUUCGCGGUCAAAGGCCCCAGUUCACGGGCUUAGAGACCGUGAACUCGCCUGGCAUUUGUAACUUCGGAUUUGGCCCUAGAUGCCUUGAUGUUCAUGGCCCAUGAACUCGCCUGCCUUGUCCGACCGUGAACUGUGGCUUUUACUCAGACUUUUCUUCGCUUUUUGCUUGACCUCCAAUUAUCCCGAAAUUCGACCUCGACCCUUCCAUACGUGCUAGGACCUGGAACAUAUCAAAAUAAGCACAACCUAGAGUGAAAUAUGGCGAAGAACAAUGAAAUACUAAGCUAAACGAAUAAGAAAUUAGGGGUAAAAUGUGUACAUUUGGGCCCGAAUCACGCCCCCACACUUAGGCGUUUGCUUGUCCCCAAGCAAACCAAGUACAAAACAAGGUAAGCUGACAACUUCUUUUUCAACACAAUUUUUUUGGGUCAAGUAUAGGGCACAAUAUGAAUGAAUCACAAUGGUUAUUUAACAUCGAUCUAUGGACCAAAACAAGGUAAGCAUGGCAACCACCACAAACGACUUUCAACUAUAUUAAGAUUGUGCAUGCGAAAAGUUCUCACAUUAUUCAUCAACCAACACACAACAUGCCUCGACGACUCACCAAUCACAGUUACUCCUGCAUGAAGAUCACAUCAUAGGAACGAACGAUUCAGCACCCUAGGUCCUCACUAGGGUAUAAGAAAUGAACAAAACAUGAUGAAUGAAUCAUUCACUCUCGACCAGUGGGGUCAAGACCAUUUGAUGCAAAAGAUGUGCAUAUUCACGCUCAAUCCUAAUGUCCCUUUAUCAUGACGGUAACCUCUAAAUGUUAGAGUUCACAAGAUGGGUGUCGUUGCUAGCUUGUCCGGAGGUCUUAGACACAGGUUCAAAUGACUGGCUAGGGUCUAGGACAUGGGGAAAAGGCUUUUUGGGUGGUGGCAAACAAAACAUGAGGUUCCGCAUCUUCAACCUAAGACACAAGGUUCUAUGGUUUCGACUAGAACCUUCCCUACAAACAACGGUCACUAGCAUUGGCCAAAAACCGCACUUCCCACUAUUCCAAACCACAACCAAUCACCAAACCAUAUCACGCAUGCUUUCUUGCUGCAUUUGCUAUUCAAUUUUAAGCACAAGAGUGUAGAGGUCAACAACAUGUAAGUGUUCCUAUAGCUUGCAUGCUAAGCAACACUUCUAAGAGUAUGUUCAACAUUUAUUAUAUUUUUGGUGGCCACUCUCUUCUCUUCUUUGCCCUCUUAUUGAUCUCUUUUUUUUCUUUUCUCUUUUCUUUGGGGGCUAGAGAGCUAAAAAACAUGCCACAUUUUUUAACUUAAGGAUCAAUGCUCACUUUGAAAAACUGCCUCCACACUCACUUCACUUCUUAGCAGAACCAUACACAAAUCACUCAUGUGGAACCUUGUUUAAGCUCAAAUAAUAUGAAUGGGGCUUCCAAACACAAGGGUGACUCGAUAAGGUGCAGACACAAAGAAAGUAGGGUCGCUCUAUCUAAAUCAAUCAAGCUCAAGUAGCGAGAGCUACCUAAAAUGAGAGCGACCCUUAGAUACACGGCUCAAAAGGGUUGACUAGGGGAUAAUAAAAUCGGGACGGUCAACAUAUGGAUCGUGGACUAAACCUAUGCCUCCAUCUUCCUUGCUAGCAACAACGUGAAUGCUACGCAUCAUGUAAAGGGGGAUCUAUCACAUAAGAACGAAACGAACGACACAAGUCUCACAUGGCUACCUAGGUGCUCAAUCAUUCGUUAUAAUUCCCUAAACUCGAUGCAUAGCCAACUGUGAAAAGCAAGUAAUCGAUUCAGAACAUCUAUCGGUUCACAAACACAUGAGCAAUGAACCUAUGCACAAACCUAAUACAUGUCUCAGUCAUCAUCAUAGGUUGCAAAAAAUCACAAGCAAAUCAUCCAUAGACAAUGCUAAUAACCAAGAGACUCAAAACAAAUCACCACAAGGUGCCAAUAUGAUCAUGCAAAUGUAGAAGUUGUUAUGCUUGGAGCCCUCGAAUUUUUCAAAUUUGGCAUACAUCAAGUCUCCAAGCAUUCAAAACCACACCAAACAUUCACACACACACACACACACAUGCAUUAUGGACUACCCCCCCCCCCCCCACACACACACACGCACACUUAAGCUUGACAUUGCCCUCGAUGGCGUAAAAUAAGGGGAUAGAACAAUGUUACUGGUCAAGUUGUGAAUGUUUGUGCUCGGGAGUGGAGGGCGGGUGAGCUCUGGAAAAGUGUGGUCACGUCCAAAACACCACCAAAAUGUCUUCAAUGGUCUUCUUACUAGAGCGGAAAGCAAACAAAUCGAUGGUAGAUGGGUUGCCUCCAACCAAACGCUUCUUUAAAAUCGUGAGCUGGACGGUUUCUCCUCAAGUUUCGGUCCACCCAAGAACCUCAUUGAAGUUGAGGUUCUCGUCGGUGAGGUGAAAUCUCAAGUCACGAGCAUUGGAAAAAUCCAUGAUUGAGGGCUCGUGAACUUGAUCGACUUUGAGGCUCCACCCACGAGACCUCUUCUUCUUAAUUUCUUCACUCUUCUCUUAGCCCCAUACCAUGUAGUGCAUCGUUGAUUUACCACCAUCGCAUCCACCAAGAGGGAUCGCCGAUGGUUUGGCCUUGGCUUGGCAAAGAGCCGCAAAUGGGUCCUUCUCCAAAAGCGCAUCGAGGUCGAGUUGAAAGCAUUGGUAUCACUUGUAACUUGUGGAUGUUUCAUCCACCAUGACCUCAUAUUCAUCUUGGACCUCACUUGCUCCUUCUACUUCUUCCUGAUCAACCUCCCUUCCUUCUUCUUCAAUUUUCUCCCCUUGGGAACAUUCAAGAUCUCCCCCCUCUUCAAUGCUUUCUUCCUCCUAUUCAACCUCUUCAUACUCCUUCCCAUUCAUAUCUUCAAGCACGCUUUGGAGGGCAAGAUUCCAUGCAAGCUCAUAGAAGGGAUUUUCUUGCUCCUCCACACUUGUCUCUUGGUCUUCAAGAUUUCUCUCGGGAAGAGGAAGAUGAUGAGAAUUGUCAAUGCAACCUUCUUGUUCCUCCUCGUUCUCCUCCAUAAUGAGAGGCGAUAGCUUGCACAAGCAUGUUCCACCUUCUCCUCCAAUAAUGAGAGGCGAUAGCUUGCAAAAGCCUGUUCCACCUUCUCCAAAAGUGUCAAAUCGGGAGGAGGGAGGAGUUGGAAAUCCGUGUUGGAGCUUGUUCUUGUAAAAUUCUCCACGACAAGCUCCAACUUGGACUUCGCUUCGGGUUGUGGGAGAUCCAAGUUCGAGCACCCUUCAUUGGUGCCUCGAACAUACCGCUCCACCAUGAACUCCAAUUUGCUCUUUGGCUCCGAUUGUGAAGUGGAACAUGGUCUUGAGGUUUGUGCCAUGAAAGCCUCCAUGGCCAAAUACAACUUGGAUUUCUCCUCGGGCUGUGGAGGGAAAUUUUCUUGAUAUGGGGAAGCCUCUUCGUACCCCCAUUGGUAUGGUUGUUCUUCUUGGAAGGGGGGCUGGUAAUAAAACCCGGAUCCUUGGCUUCCCCCUUCUUGUUCACUCCAUGAAGCUCUAGGGUACCCCUAUUCGGGUGGUUGUUCACUCUAUGAAUGUAACAUCCCGAACCUUUUCCCGACAAGAUAUUGUCCGCUUUGGGCCUCUACACCCGCACGAUUUUCGACUUGGGGUGCAAUUCAGGGUGACUUCCCAUGAGGUCACCCAUCCUUGUUGUGCUCCGCACUGAGCACGUUUAACUUCAGAGUUCUCACAAGAACUCCUCCAUUACACCCCAAAACGCGUCUUGUCAGUUAAGCCUGGUUUCUUACUUAUGAACCAUGGAUCUCUCCCGUGCUUUGUCGAUGUGGGAUUUGCCUAAGGUGUUACACACCCCCCCCCCUCGGGACUCAACGCCCUCGUCGAGGUUUGCCCCACCAUCGUUCAAGAGGGAUGCGGAGAGGCUCUGAUACCACUUGUAACAUCCUGAACCUUUUCCCGACAAGAUAUUGUCCGCUUUGGGCCUCUACACCCGCACGAUUUUCGACUUGGGGUGCAAUUCAGGGUGACUUUCCAUAAGGUCACCCAUCCUUGUUGUGCUCCGCACUGAGCACGUUUAACUUCAGAGUUCUCACAACAACUCCUCCAUAACACCCCAAAACGCGUCUUGUCAGUUAAGCCUUGUUUCUUACUUAUGAACCAUGGAUCUCUCCCGUGCUUUGUCGAUGUGGGAUACCCCCACCUAUUGUAGAAGCCAUUGGGAUCCAUGAUUCAUAACCUACACAAACAAAAACACCAAAAGAAAAUCAAACAAACACAAACCACCCUUCAAGACGAAGAGUGGGUAAACAAAACACAACACGAAACGCAGAACAUAAACAAAAAGGCAAGAAAGAAAAUGCUAGAGUAACACUAAGCGACUUUUUCAAAAUAAUGGACCGCGGUUCCACGCCAAAAACUUGACUCGCAUGAAACUACACCACAAAUUAAUUCCGACUAGAUCCCAAGUUUUUAAACUCUAACCGGGGGCAGUAUAGAGCACGUAUUUAAAUUGUCAACCCGGGCCGAUCCAUGUACCCUACUUCAAUCGCUUAAGUUGUUAUCUAGCAUAACAGUUUUGGGUUUUUAAGAAAACUACAAAUAAAACAAGCAAAGAAAAGUAAAUAAAGGAAAUUUCAAACUAAGGGAGGUUCACCCAGGAGUUGCUUCCCCCUAACUAGCUACCGUGACUCGCUGGAUUGAAACGAUUUAUAUGGGCAAGGUAGCCGCGAACCGUAGAGGGAUGCAAAUAUGAUCGUAGACCACAAUCCCAAUUGCUAAAGCGAGGUAAAUAUUAUAGGUCGUGUCACUCGGCCCACUCGGUUUAGGCAAUCGGUGGUUGACUUACUCCCUCACUCAACUGAAGGGUUGGACGGUUUAAUCACACUUAACCAAUUUGCUUAAUUCAACAUUGAGGUUUGCCCUAAAUUAACCUAGUUAGGUGGCUUAAAAAGCUAAAGGAAAACCAACUCGAUUGAGUCCCCCUUGGAAGGGGGAUUUUCCUCUCUAAGCUUGGUUAAAGUGGCUAAUUAGAUUGCAAAGCACCUACAUGCACAAACCUAAGGAUGCUAAGCACAAUUAUGCACGAUCCUUAGGUUGCUAAGCACCAACAUGCACAAACCUAAGGAUGCUAAGCACAAAACAUGCACAACCCUUAGAUUGCUAAGCAGAGGCAUGCACAAUCAACAUGAAUAAUACGUCAAUCAUUGAAUUAAACAAUACCCAAUAACAAUCAUUCAAUCUAAACAAGUAAUUACAAAGUAUUAGUUAGGGAUCUACAACACCCAAGAGAAAAGAGUGAGUUUCUAGAGAGAGAAAGAGGGAUUACAAAUUUGAGCUCAAGAUCUUCUUCUUCUUCUAGGCUUGAAUCUCCACCCAAGCCUCCAAUGAUGCUCCAAGAUCACUCUAGCACUCUCUCACUCUCACACACACUAGAACUCCCCUUUGGUGUUUUAGGUUGAAACCCUAGAGAAAGAAAGUGUUCCUUCUCCAAAAACAGCUCUCCCUUUCUCUCUCCCCGUUGUUGUUUUCAUAUUUGCCCAAAAGUGAUCAGCUCACGGACGCGUUGGCCAGUUCAUGACCGUGAACACCUAAACGCGUCCGUGAACUCAGUCGUCUCCAAAACGCACCGCUUUGCUUCCUGGGUUCACGGUCAAUGGCCCCAGUUCACGGGCUUAGAGACCGUGAACUCGCCUGGCAUCAGUAACUUCGGAUUUGGCCCUAGACGCCUUGAUGUUCACGGCCCAUGCCUCCUCUUCACGGUCUUAGAAGACCGUGAACUGCCUUGUCCGACCGUGAACUGCGACUGUUUCUUGGACGCCUUCACUUCACUAUUACGGGGCAAUUGUCACGGUCGCUAUUUUUCUUCGGUUUUUGCGCUUUUUCACCUUCAAUUAUCCCAAAAUUCGACCUCGACCCUUCCACACGUGCUAGGACCUGAAACGUAUCAAAAUAAGCACAACCUAGCGUGAAAUAUGUCAAGGAACGAUGAAAUACUAAGCUAAACGAAUAAGAAAUGAGUGGUAAAAUGUGUACAUUUGGGCCCGGCCGAAUCAACUACCAUCUCCUUCUUCAUAACUUCAUCGCCUCAUCACUAGGACAUUUUCCCCACAACCCUAGGCUUUACCACCGACCGAUUGGCAAGUUCUAUCUUCACGCUUGUCAGGGUAAGGGGACUAAGAACAAGCUCAUGAUAAAUCUUUAUUGAUGUGAUGUUGAUUAUUUACCCUAAAUACGCUAAGUAUUCCAAAAUAUUCUAUCACCAAAAUUACAUGUCAUUGUAAAAAAUUUCAGAUCUCUCAAAUUUGGAGGAAGUCAUUUGCAAGCAAUCAUGGUUGAUGAAAAUACACUUAAUGACACCAUAGAAAGUUCCUCCAUCUUUCGUUUCCAGAAAAAAUCCCUUUCAAAAAUUUAGUGUAGCUAUGAAUCUUUAUCACAACAGAAGGGGACAGUGACCUUUAACUGUUUAAGCUUAUCCUUCCAUUUACCACACUUAUAAUUAUUAAGAUAACUUCAAAUACUCUCUUGUGAUGGGGAGUUUAGUAAUGUAGUCGGAUACCAUAUAUGGUCUUGAUCGCUUCUUCUUCAGUCUUCUUGUCUUACUCAAUAAUCUCAUUAGUAUCCUUUCUUCUCUCCAACCAGUUCUUGCUCAAGUUCUUGGCUAGUGGGAGUAUCCAAGAUUGUGAUUUUUGCCCUUGGUGAUGGCUCAACUUCCAUUGUUACACGUCCACUUCGAAGAGUGACAGCGUGGCAACCUUCCCUCAGGUUCAGCUCGAUGUUUUGAAGCAUAUCUUGUUGAUUCUAUUGGCCAACCUAUAAGGUUGAAAUCUUCCUGGAAACACCUUCCGCAAACUUAUCAUAUGCAUCGAACCUUCUCGCAGAUGUUGAUAUGAAUUGUCCUACCAUAUCCUCUAGCCUUGACAAUCGACCAUCGGAGGGUCUUCCUUGCUCGGAGUAAGGCAUUUGGCUGGAUUAGAUGAUUGUUGAGUUGACCUUUGGUAUGGUACUUGACUCGAUGACUGCCCUUGAAAAUAUUUUGGCUUCCUAUCCGUGGGGGAGGACCAUGGAAAGUUAGGGUGGUUCCUCCACCCAGAAUUGUAGGUAGAGCGGUAUGGUUGUCAUUCCUUGGUUUUCCUUCGAUGGAAUUGAUUUGUUUUUUUAAUUUGAAAAUUGAAUGUUGAUGUUAUUUGUUGAAUUAAAUGUUUAGAUGUUU